AUGAGGAUAGGUUGUCUUCAGUUCGCCCCUCAAGUGGGAGAUGUUGACAAUAACCUUAACCGAGCGGAUUCCGUCUUGAGCAAAGCAAACCCGGAAGGUUUGGAUCUUCUCGUCUUGCCAGAACUGGCCUUUUCAGGCUAUAACUUCAAGUCUUUGCAACAAAUUUCUCCCUUCCUUGAGCCGUCAGGUUCUGGCAUCACCUCGCUUUGGGCUCGAACCACCGCCCUGAAGUACAACUGUAAAGUCGUUGCUGGUUACCCGGAGAAGGUAGACGUCUCUGGCAGCUGGCCUACAGGCCCAGAGUAUUAUAACUCAGCCAUCGUUGUCAAUGAAGAUGGAGAGACAAUCGCCAACUACAGAAAAAGUUUUUUGUAUUACACGGACGAGACAUGGGCACUUGAAGGUCCCGGUUUCUAUGAGGGUUACAUUCCUGGCCUGGGGCGCACCUGCAUUGGAGUUGUGCUAACCAUCAAAAGCCCCUAUAAGUUCGAAGCGCCUUGGCAUGCUUUCGAGUUUGGAGUCCAUGUCCUCCAAUACGACUCUGACCUGGUGAUUGUUUCUAUGGCAUGGAUGACUCGGGAAGAUGGCCGAAUGUUCAGUCGGAUGCCCAACGAACCCGACAUGGACACUUUAACCUACUGGAUCACCCGUUUGGAGCCCUUAAUUCGGGCAGAAAGCAAAGACGAGAUUAUCGUUAUUUUCUGCAAUCGGACUGGUAUCGAAGAUGACGCCGUCUAUGCUGGAACGAGUGCGGUUGUGGGAAUCCAGGACGGAGAGGUUAAAAUCUACGGCCUUCUAGGUCGUGGUGAGAAAGAGCUCCUUGUCGUCGAUACUAAAAACCCUCCCUACGCGAAGUUGGUUCACCGCCCAGAGCCCGACAGACCGUUGGGUAUCCAUUCCGAACUGCAAAAGGCGUCAGACUCUCCGUCCUCGCCCAACGCGACGACAUCUAGCACUUCGCCAUCCGACAGACAUACACCGAACCAGGGAACAUUCCCUCCUGGCGGGUUUUCCGCCGCUUCAUAUUCCUUGUAUAAAUCGCCAGAGAAGCAACCAACAGCUAAGCAGGCCCGGAUACCGCCCAACAUCAAGAUCCCCCCGUCGUAUGGCCCGCGGCCUGUUAUACUUCAAGGAGAAUCGGCAGACUCGCCAGGCUCAGAGAAUGCUAAUCUUCCUACGCCAACCGCUCCGAGCCCAACGCCUUUGUCAGAGCGGCCAAAGUUGACUAUCCCGCCCCCAUCUCUCAUCGAUGAAUGGCUACCCGACAGCCCUGUACCCCAGAGUGCCCAAUCUAGCCGCUCGAUUCAGUCGGUUCAAUCGAUCCACACUGUCACAUCUAAUCCGCGUCCGCCUGAGGACAGUACACCAUAUCCUCACAGCGGCCUUCCACUUAGCGGUUACCCUACUAGGGUGUCUAAUAGGAGAAUAUUCGAUGACUUUUUGACGAUGAACCAAGCGCCAUUCACUCCCAUCACCCCCUUUGAGGAGACAUCGCCUACGGAACCACGGUACUUCUGGAGGCCAGCUGACAGCCUUUUGAAGACACCAAUGUCACCCGAGUUGAGGACUGCUGUUCAAGAAUAUGAUGAUACUAGAACCCGGAGCUUCGGGAACUUCUCGCGGUUUCCGCAGGAUGAGCCAUUUCGUGCACACAGCUCUAAUUCCAUUCGGACAACCUCGACGGCCAUUGCGGCGAAACCCCCUGAUUCGGCAUCGAAGAACUCCAGAAGAACGCCCUCACAGAAGCGGGCCCCUUCGCAGCCGAGAAUGCCUCGAAACUCUAGCAGAACCAGUAUUACAAAAUUUACGACUGGAAACGUCGAGACACUGGAGGACACAUCACUUCAUGAUGGCCUUCUUAUCCGUCCUUCGUCGCCCAAAUCACGCAAUGCCAGUCGGCGACGGAGUCAGGAGAGGUCUAAUUCAUUGUCUCAUCGUGACAUUACGGUCGAAGUUUCUCGGCAAUUGGAAUCAAUCUCUCGAAGGGCCGAAUCAGUCGGUCGGAAAGGAAGCUUCACUGAAGGUAUUGAAAGUUCCCAGUCCAACAGACCUUCAUCGUCAAAGUCUCGAAGCUGCAGUAGGGGUCGGCCCAGCGGGAAGGCCUCAUCGAUUCUAGCUGCCGCCGGCACGGGCACUGCCCAAAACCCAACCGUCAAGCUCCAAAACACUUCACACUCGACACAUCAACGAACCAAGUCCUUGUCCAACAUGAGUGUUCACUCAAGAACAGGGUCAACGACAGGCAGUCAGCGAGAAGCAUUUUCCAGAUCUAGAACACCUAGUGUAGGCGAACAGUCACUGGCUCGCCCUGCAUCCCGUGCAACUAGCCGAGGCCGUCGCCCCGGGCCAGUAUUCUCGCCCCCUAGGAUGGUACCUCGAGACCCCUCGCAGCCUGCGGAAGAAGCCCAAAGAGACUGGGACCUUUUUCUAAGCCAAGGCAACAACUCCUCGGCAUCAAAGGAACCCCAUGCCUCGCAUUUCUCGGAACCAAUUGCAAGGUUCGAGAGAGUUGAGGCCCUCGUGUCUCUCAGCUGUCCUGUUCAUGGGCGGAAUUCCACCAGUUCUACUCCUUCUGGUCAUAGAGUAGCUUCUGUAUUGUCUUCGAGCAGGUCUAAUUCAACUCCAGCUGCCACAGCUAGCAGCAAGAGCAAGGGGAAGGAGCGAUCUGUGAGCAGCACGAUUGGAGACGAUCUCCUAUUCUCGCCUGGCUCGCUUGCCGAGUCCAUCGCCACAAUCUCAUCAAGUCGCUCCCCCUCUACUCCACGGUUCGAACCCCAAACUCCCAGGGCAAUGGUUCUCAUACGUGAAAAUGAAGACAUUGGCACGGGAGAGCCGCCAUUGUUACACUUGGCGAACAAUUUCUCCGACCUCAGUUGUAUAGAGAGGCCCAUUGGCUCCAGCUCAGAUGAAUCAAAGGCCGUUACGACAUAG